CAUCAUGAAUGAAGUGUCGGUCCUUCACCUGCCGGUGAAGGAGGAAGUAAAUGAAGUGAUUCAUGGCUUGGAUGAGGCAGCACUAAAAUACAGUGACAGCCGUCUGCCUUUUCAGAUCUUCCCGGACCCUUGUGAAGAAGAGGAGGUUCCAGUGAAAUUGAGAGGAAGGUUGCCCUCCAUUGUGGUGGAGCCAACAGAUAUAAUUGAUGUAGAAAGUGGUGAGCUGCGGUGGCCAACAGAAUCUGGAAGAAAAGAGAAAGAGCAGGGUGAAGACAAUGCAGAGGAAGAGAAAUCAGAAAAAGAGGGCCAACCUCCAGUGAUACCACCCUGGUGGACUCGUGGAAACCGAAUUCCUGACGAAACAAAGCAAGCAACAGAAGACCCAGAACCUGAGCAGGAAUAGCGUUUGCAGUGACAGCGCCCUGGAUACUGCUUGAUGCAUUGUAGAGAAUGUGUAGCAAAUAGAUAGCUGACAGAUGGUCAGGC